CACACGGGAAGUCGUUCGAGUCGUCGUCUUCGUCUCCGUUCCGUUGCGCCGCCUCGUCGUCUCCUCGCGCCGCCGCCGCCGCCGCCGCCGCGGGGAAGAGCUAGCCCUAGAGGAGAAGUGGGGGUGAGUUGGGAGAGAGGAGAGGGGGCGAGAUGUUCCGGUACGAGAAGGGCGGGGACGUCGAGGCGGGGACCUCGGGCGGGGCGAGGGAGCUCUACCCGGGGAUGACGGAGCCGCCGGAGAUGCGGUGGGCGCUCAUCCGGAAGAUCUACGUCAUCCUCUCCAUGCAGCUCCUCCUCACCGCCGCCGUCGCCGCCGUCGUCGUCAAGGUCCGCGCCAUCUCCCACUUCUUCGUCUCCUCCCACGCCGGCCUCGGCCUCUACAUCUUCCUCAUCAUCCUCCCCUUCAUCGUGCUCUGCCCGCUGUACUACUACCACCAGAAGCACCCGGUCAACCUGAUCCUGCUCGGUCUCUUCACCGUCGCCAUCAGCUUCGCGGUUGGGAUGACAUGCGCCUUCACCAGUGGCAAGGUCAUUCUGGAGUCUGCAAUUCUUACAACAGUUGUUGUGUUUAGCCUGACUGCCUACACAUUCUGGGCUGCAAAGAGGGGCCGUGACUUCAGCUUCCUUGGCCCUUUCCUCUUCGCCUCCCUCAUUGUGCUGCUCGUGUUUGCGUUCAUUCAGAUCCUAUUCCCGCUGGGCAGGAUCUCCCAGAUGAUCUAUGGCGGGAUCGCGUCGCUCAUCUUCAGUGGCUACAUCGUCUACGACACGGACAACAUCAUCAAGCGCUACACCUACGACCAGUACGUCUGGGCCGCCGUCUCCCUCUACCUCGACGUCAUCAACCUCUUCCUCUCCCUCAUGACCCUCUUCAGGGCAGCCGACUGAGUUCCUCGCAUCGCGUCACAUCGUGUUCAUAUACGUUUUCAUCAGUGAAUGUGAAAAUGCUCUGCCUUUAUCAUGAGUCGCGUACCCAAAAACAACAAUUGUAUAGAUGCCACAAGUAGGAUGGUCUUUUAUCAUGCUGUGUUCAACCUAGUGAUCUUAUCUACGUAGGAAAUGCGAACAAAUUUAGAUUCUAUAUGGAUAUGGAGGUGAUGUUGGAUUUGGGUUAAUUUGCUUGAUGUAUGGUGGACGGAUGGAUCAUGGAUGGCUUGGUUUACCUUUGGAUGAAUGGAAUUGCUUCUCUCUUUUUACCA